UAUUUAUUUUAAAUUUUAGAAAUUUUUUUGCUGUUUGUGUUACAUAUUAAACUGUAACUUUAAAAACCAAUAUGGAUGCAGUAAAAAAAAACAGAGAAAAACAUUCUACCAAAUACUUGAAUCUAAGUGAUUUUGAACGUCUUGAAAGCCAUGUUGAGUCUGAAGGCGAUUUGUUGAUUAAAAAAUUAUCUUUAAAACAAACUGAUAAACAUUUAACUCUAGAAAAGCAUUUAAGUCAAGAGCGUAAUUUUAUUACUAGCCAUGAGUACAUUUCCAUUACUGAAAUUACCAAAGGAGAAAUUACAUUGCCAGAGUUUUGUACCAAAGUCAAUGAAGCAUCUUACAACCAAUUAAAUUCUAAUUCUGACCAUAAACCUUCUUUAAAAGUUUCAGAUUGUUUGAGUCGUCACGAACGGGAAUUAGCAUUAUGUGUCAAACCUAAUAGUACUGAAACUAAACUUUUAGCAUUUGCAUUAUCAUGUGAAGCUAAUGAAACUCUUAAACAAGAUGUCCAUCACAAAGAUCACCCAAUCAAUCAUCUUGUUCAAAUACAUGAUGAACAAUUUUCUCAUCUAGAAGCUUCUCCUCUUAAAACUUCAAAAAUGAUUAGACGGAAAAGAAAACAAUUACUCCAAUCUUAUACAAAACCAAUUGAGAUAUCAGAAAAGCCAAUAAAACAUUACACUAGACCUAAAUCUCUUUGGGAUUUAAAAGAAGAUGUACAAUCUCUGGCAAACUCUGGUUUAAAAUUAUAUACAUGCGAAGCAUCCAAGCGUACAGAGCAGUGCAUUGGUGUAUUAGAACUGAUAAAUGAAGAAGAUAAAAUUAAAGAUUUAUCAACCUCUAUUAAAAGUCAGCGCUUUGUUGCUAGUGGUACCCAAAUUCCAAUAAAUAAUUAUACUAAAAUUAAUGAAGAUCAAUUGAAAACUAUACCUUAUUUUCAAAACUAUCAGAAAGGAAUCCCAUCAAAAGUAUUAUAUGUGAAAAAUAUUGCCAAAAGUGUUUGCGAAAAACAUUUGGUAUCUGUAUUUGGAAAGUACAAAGAAUUGCAAAAUGCAGACAUAGUUUAUAGAUAUAUGAAAAAGGGAAAAAUGAAAGGACAAGCUUUUAUUGAAUUUGAAAAAAUUGAAGUGGCAGAAAAAGCAUUAGAAGAAAACCUUGGACUUAUACUUGAAGAAAAACCAUUAAUUAUUCAAUUUGGGAAGAAAUGAUUAUUGUUGAUAAUUUAAGUUUGAUUAAAAUAUAUUUAAAUUUGCAUGUUCAAGUUCAUUUUGAAAAUAUGGCUCAAGGCCGUUCAUUAUUGGGCCCCGCUUUUGAAAACUACUGGGAAUUUUAAACUUUGACCUUUCCAAUGCACCAAUUACAUUCAUUUUCCCAUCGUUCAAAAUACUGAAGUUGAAAAUCUAAGCAUUAUUUUGACUACUUAUCAUGUACACAAACAAAAAAAA